CUUAAAUGCGUGCCAUAUGAAUCGUUAAUUGUGUGGGCGUGGCAGCGAGGCGGAAACGGAUGCGGGCUGGAAGAGGAAGAGUUGUGAUGGAACAGAGUACGAACUUGUGGUGGUGGAUGAGGAAAUAUUCAGCACUUGUCAGGAUGCUGCUCCCGGCACACUGGACAUAAAUGGCUUUUUGGACCUCUCUGAAUUCUCGGCUAGUAUGGAUUCUGAUGGCGUCACUGUAAGCGGAAACACAACUUUGGUAUGGGACAUCGAAUUGUCUGAUCUCGUACAGCUGUCUAUAAAGCUUCUCUAUUUCGAUCGUGGUUCCUGGAUGCCGACAGUAUUCUCUUUGGUUUCAAAGGAUUUCUGUAAGUUCAUGUACGAUAAAAAUCAGAUAUGGUAUAAAAUUUGGACCCGACAUAUUACAAACGACAUUAAGGAUAAAUGUGUCAACGUUCCUGGGGCAAAAAUAAUGUUGGAGACAUACAUGCUUAGUUUAACAGCUUCAACCACGGGACCACUUCGUCUAGGUCGCUAUAAGGCCAAUGUUAUGUUCCAAGCUUUCGAUAUCCACGGGAGAGAGAGGCCAACUCGCAUAUGCUUUGAAAUAUUGGGCGAUGUCUUUAAAGUCAAGAAGUAAUAAUAUUACCCUUAUUAUAAUAUUUCUUUAUUUUUUGGCUAUACCGUUUUACAAAAAUUUUUAACUCUCUUAACCAAUUUCAAAAUAAAUAUUCCUUUGUUUAGAUGUCUACUUUACAUUUUUAUAUUUUACACAUUACACUUUUAUCUACUGGUUAU